AAAAAAAAUUCAUACAAAUGAAUCCAGAUUUAAUGUACAAUUUAUACUCUCCAGGCUAAUACUAUAACCCUUUCUACUAUCUUUAACAACAAUAGAUAAUAUAAAAUCGUAAUAUUGAUCCAUUAUAAGCCAUAAAGUGAUGCUUUAGUAGUAGACCACUACCAUACCAUUACUAUAGUAUAAAUACGAAGCACCAUUUAUUUUGAGCAAUGGAAUUACUUAGCAGUAGAUUGAGUCACCAAAUAUCACAAAUAAUGCCCAAAAUAAUCAUACAACUGAAGUGAAUUUUGGACAAGAAGAAAAGUGUUUGUUGAAUGAUGAUGAGUCUUAAUCAAGAGUUAAUGGUACAAUUAAUACUUAUGCAUAGGACAUUGGACUAAAUAAGAACAUUUAACAUAUCUAGAAUUCGUGAGAAAUCAUGAGUCUAUUUUAAAGUCUAAGUAUGACAAAAAAUCAAAAAAAAUAUUUAAAUUAAUGAGCUAGUUUAUCCCUACUAGAACAGCUACCCAAUGUCGAUCUCAUCAUUAGAAAUUUAAUCCCUUGGCAAAAGGAAAAAAGAAAAACAGAUCAACAAACAAACAAUUAUCCACUGUCAGCCAUCAAUGAGAUUGUCU